UUGGCCUCAGUUUCCCCAUGUGAACAACCAGGGGGCUGUACUGGAUGGUCCUCAGGCCCUGCACCCAACGCUGGCUGGGGCAUCCUAGGGUCACUGACCAGUUGUCUGCUUCCUUCCUUAGAGGUGGCUGAUGGCCUCUGCUGUGUGCUGACCACACCCUGCCUCACUCAGAGCACGGCCACCCCGGCCGUGAGGGCCCCUGACUCGCCUGUCACCUUGCGCCAGAAGAACUUCGACUGGAAGAGGGUGCCCAGACUGCAAGAGGACCCUGAGGGAGCCAGGAACCCACUUGGUGUAGAUGAGUCCCUUUUCAGCUAUGGCCUUCGAGAAAGCAUCGCUUCCUACCUGUCCCUGACCAGCGAUGACAACACCUCCUUCGAUCGCAAGAAGAAAAGCAUGUCCUUGAUAUACAGUGGGAGCAAGAGGAAGAGCUCCUUCUUCUCAUCACCACCAUAUUUUGAAGACUAGCCUGAGAACAGACACCAUCGUGUGUACCCAAAAUAACAGAGGUUGGAACUGUCACCUGGGAUUUGGCAGGGAGGCAUGGUUCCCUGGCCCCUGGGGAACCGCACAUCUUCCAGAAGCCAAGAAAAGGCACAUGAAGACUCAAACUCACAUCUUCUCUGUCCACAUCAUGACAAAGGGAACCCCUCCCUGGUGUCUGAUCAGUACUGAGACAUCACGAAAUGUUGAAUCACGAUGUGAUCGGGGAACAUUUCAGAAAAGCCCCAUGUAUGUGUGUGUGCUCGUUGUGUUUGUGGGAAAGAUAAAGACAUUAUCUCACAAGAAAGUGCACAGGACUGUUCAACGAACUGUCCAGAUGGUCACACUCUGAGCUCAUUGGAGAUAACUCUGGAGCGAGAAAAGCCUGGGAAGAAGAUGAGCCACAAGCUGCGGUCUGGCCAGUCCAGGUUUGCAAAUGGGUCCCCCGCCACGAGCUUUUCUAACCAACCCAGAAAGAGACCUUUGGUAUGCAGCUCCUCUCUUUUUAAGGGAACUCAGUGACACUAAAUGUUAAUCUUCCUUAUCAUCCCUGAAUCAGGAGAUCCCAGUGGCCUGCUGGUGCCAGGAAUCAGACAGCCUCCCUGUCUCUGUAGAGGGCGAGGCAAAGGGGAGAGAGGGAGGCUGCUUGUGGGAAAAUGGGAGGGUCACCUUGGAGCUGUGCAAGCUUUCCUGGUCUCCCCAGCCGUGGCUUCGUGGCACAGAAAGAGCUUCUCUGACAGGCUGGGACUCUUGCCAACAAAAAUGCAUCAGUUGUUUACUCAUGGUUGCCUGAAGAGCUAACUGUGUUAAGUCCCAUGUCAGGUUGAAAGAAAGAAAGAAAGGGAAUAAAAGAAAAAAGGAUCAGCAGAGGCACCCACAGUAUAGACAAGGAGAAAAACCUACAGACAAAUAUCAUGAAAGUGGGUUGUAGAAGGAAAAAUCAGCUCAUGGCUCCAGGGGGACUGGGGCAGGCAAUGGUGGCCCAUGAGCUCAUGUCUCAGCUGCACCUUCGCAGAGGGUAAGUGCAGCUGGAUUGAGUAGGCGAGAAUGGUUGGCCUUUUUGGAAAUGGCAAAUUGACUAAAUGCUAAAGAAUUAAUUCUAAUUCUAAAGGAUUAAUUCAUUUAUGUGAUUUUUCUGUAUCAUCAGUAUUUUAUUCUAAGAAGGGCCUGGCAGCCACAUGAAGAAAACUGCUGAGCUCCAGGAAAGAGGGGAGGCAGAGUGGCUUUAAUUCUGUCCUACUAAUUUUAAGAGAUGAGAGAGAAAGCACAGCAAAGUUCUAGAAAAGGAGAAGUAUUUAUCUUGAGGCCGCCCAUCCGGAUCUUGUUAGGAAGGGGGCUGCAGAUGCACCCAUGACUCAUUUUCCCCUGUUGCAAAGGGAUUCGGCGGGGAGGGGUACCCGUGGAACCCUUCGCUGCCUGAUACGAAAUGUCUGUCUGUUCACCACACGCAUUCCGUAGAUCUGAGAUCACUGUGCUGGUGUUACGUGUAUAUGCAUUUACGUGAUUUUCUGUAUCAUCAGACUCUUGUGUGUUUAUACAAGAAGACAUUUACGGUUUCCCCCAAGAACCCCUAAAGGCCAUUUCAAGGGGCCAGCCGAUGUGUGGGAAAUGAAUAUAACACUGUGGACGCUGACUUCCACCACAAGGGAGGGUGACCUCGCAAAAGCCAGAUGUUUGUACGGUGUCUUAUGCAUUGUUUUCCGUUGUAACUAGUGUGCUGGGAACUUUCGGGGAGCACUCAGAGGCAUUUCUAACUGGGAAGCAUUACACUUUGCUAAAUCAUGUAUUUAUUUCUGAUUAAAAUAUACCUAAUAAAUAUUUAAC